GUUCAAGGGGAUAUAACUUUUGAAGUAGCAAAAGUCAUACUUGGGUGGAAGGGAGGAAGAAAUGCUAUACAUAAAUAUGUUACUCAUAUAUUCUUCCUUAUUUUAUUUAUUUAUUUGUUUGUUGCAUUAAUCCACACCACAAAAAGAUAAUUGCAUUGUCUCUCCCGCCACUGUACACUGCUCAGAAUACAUUAGUCAGCUUGGCAGACGUUCACCAAAUGUGUGGACGCAUCAGAUGAAAAGGUGGACUGAGGCCUAUAAAUACGGCUGCCUGAGUGUCCGGUGAGCCAGUGUUUAAAUCCUGCUGUACCACCUGAGGAUCUCAGCCCGAACCUCUCUGAAUUCACUCCUGCGAGCGGUGUUUCAUUGUUGCCGUCCGGUGUUUCUUUUACGGAAAGAAGCGCCCACAGCGAAAUAUUUUGUCCUCGUCGCUUCAAGUACGAAUUAAUCGCGUCCACGCUCUAUUAACAUGUCGUUUCCCUGUGCGUAAAAUGCCGCGCUUAGUGCGUCCUGGCGCGGACGAUUGCUUGGAAAAUGUGCAAUGUCUGUCGCGUUUCCUUCACGCCCUCGCUGCUGAGCAGGAGUGGCAUCUCGGCGACAAAAUCUGGAUGAAAGAGCGUCCUUUAGAGCUCAGGCAUGCAUCGAGAAGUGAGAUCAUUGGCGUUAUAAAUAUCCCCGUGCCAACAGAACCACUCCAGCUACUGCAGCCGGGGUAAUGCCUAGGAGCGCUGCAGGCAGUGCGUGCGCACGGUUUCUGGUGCUCAGAUCUCAGGAGCGACACCAAAAUGCUAGAAGUAGCCUUGCGGGUGUCUCCUUUUUGAAAGAAUGAAUGUUCCUCUUUACCUUCUGACCUUCGCUCACUUGAUUUGCACCGCUGUGGGAGCACAGCACGUUUCUUUGGAGCGCCAACUUCUGGAGGAGGGGAUCCGUUCGGGACGCAGGACUUGCAGACUCUACUGUAGGGUUGGCAUCGGCUUCCAUCUCCAGAUUCAUCCCGACGGUAGAGUCAACGGCAGCCAUGAGCCCAACCAGCUGAGUGUCCUGGAGCUCUUUGCGGUUUCUCAAGGGGUCAUCGGUAUCAAAGGGGUCUACAGUAACAGAUUCCUGGCCAUGAAUAAAAGAGGACGGCUCCACGCAACUGAACGGUUCACAGAUGACUGUAAGUUCAGGGAACGUUUCCAGGAGAACAGCUACAACACUUAUGCCUCAGUAAUCCACAGGAACCACAGGACAGGUCGCGAGUGGUUUGUGGCCCUUAAUAAGAGGGGGAAAGCUAAAAUGGGCUCCAGCCCCCGGGUCAAAUCCCAACAUGUCUCUACCCACUUCUUGCCCAGGGUCAGCCUGCACGAUAAGGGUGAGCAAGGCUUCACCAUCACAGACAGGAGCAAAGAGAGGAGGAAAACCGCACUCCCACCACCUCCAAAGCCACCCGCGGCGAAGGCAAACAUCCAAGCAGGAACCACACCGAGGCAUACGCAAGUCAAGUACUGGCCCAAGUACAGGUUUGGAUAGGUUUAUAGAAAUUGGACAAAUGGACGUACCCCAUAAACUGACAAUGGUUAUUUAUCACAUUCAAAGCAUUCCAGGUGUCUAUGAACUGUGUGAAAAACCUCAAAGGGCUGCCAGGUACAACUGCUGAGCUUUUCUUUUUUGAAGCUAUGACAAUCGCUGGAUGCUGUGUUGAAGUUAACGAUGCUCUGUCACGUUUUACGUCAUCAUCCAUGUACAUACCGCUGAAGCUGAAAUCCAUAACGUUAUAAAUAUUCUUGAUGAGGAGUAUUUGACAGAGAGUCUUCCAGUUUGUUCUGCUGUCUUGCUAGAAUAAGAAUGAUGCUCUUAAUCUUGCAGUAAUGACACUACCCUCCCUACUCCUGCUCCUUUUCUUGUUUGGCUAAAC